CCGCUGGACCCGGCGGCGCUCGGGCGUCCGGGGACCGGCGGGCAGGGGCGCGGUGCCCGGCCUCCGCGCCCGGUGGGCAGCGAUUUGCUGCGUAUAAAGACUAACAACUGUGCUUUGUGGGGUUUGUUUUGUUACAGCAAAAACAGUCCACGCUCUUUGAGGACACUGAAAAAUACAGGAAACUAAAAAUCACCUUUCACCCCAGCACCUGGAGAGAUGCGCAGGCGGGACUGUCUCCUCCCUCACCCACACCCUUACCCACCCUCCUCCCCAGGACAGUCACAUCCUGGGCUGUGAGUAGUGGCUGGAUGUUGGGAGCUGGAUUCUUGAUCCAGGGUGGAUGAACCUGAAAUCUGAGCCCUCUCCAGCACGAAGCAUAGCACCUGACAGAAGCUGAACAAAACGUUGGGAGAAGGAAAAGUCAUGAUCUGCACCUCCCUACCCCUCUCAGAUAGAACUGGGGUCUUUGGGGGUGCCUGGGUGGCUCAGUCGUUGAGCAUCUGCCUUCGGCUCAGGUCGUGAUCCUGGGGUCUUGGGCUUGAGCCCCACAUAGGGCUCCCUGCUCCGCGGGAGGCCUGCUUUCCCUCUCCCACUCCCCCUGCUUGUGUUCCCUCUCUCGCUGUGUCUUUCUCUGUCAAAUGAAUAAAAAUCUUUAAAAAAAAAAAAAAAGAAAAAAGAAGAAGAACUGGGGUCUUUGCAUCCCGUUCUUCCGCAAGUCCCCUAGCCCACCCAACCACCUACUGCCAGGCCCUCCCUUCUGCCACUCCCACCCACUGCACCUUGGCUGGAGGGAUGUGACCGCAGGGAAGUGAAGAAGAGCCUGAGCUCUUGCUUGCCUGAGCUGUGCACCACCCAGCCAGAGGCCCCCCUCUUCAGUGGGGAGACAGGAUGCAAAAGCACUUACUGCCCAUUCACUUUUGGGUGCAGGCUUCCAGGGCUCAUUCCAGGAAAACAAGAUUGCUGGAAAGUGAUCAGUUAGAAGAUGCUCAGUUUAAACUAGUGACAGAUUCAGUUUCCUUGGUCAUCAAAGAAACACCAAUUAAACAAUGUAAUGCCAUUAACAUCACUUUAGCCAAACCGUCAGUGGGCAUGAGGUAUUUCCAUAACUUGGUUCUGAGGUCGAAGAUACCUUCUUCGGCCGCAAUCGCCAAAACCUAUGGUUAGGUCAACCAUUAGAGCCUCCUCUGAGGCUGCUGGAGAAAAUUGGACCUCUUGGGGUCACAGGUAACCUGGGGCCCCAUGAGUUACACGGAGGCCCGCACCUCCGGUCUACCUCCUGUGCGGGGUGAGGGGGUAGGCUCCGCUUGGCAAUUAGGCUUUACCGACGCUCCGCGCUGCCAGUCAAGAGGACAGAGAGGCUGCAGGAGCGCCUGGGGUGAAUUUCUGCUCUACCACUUGCCCCGUGUGACCUUGAACGAGUUAAUGAAGUUUUCCACGACUCAACGUCCGGGUCGAUAGAGUGACGAACACGGACCGCACCGUGUAGCCGUGUUUGGCAAACUCCCGGAGUGGAGCCUCUCCCGGUGCCUACUGGUGAGUGUAGGUGAUGUUAAAUCUCGGGGGGUUCCCUCGGAGGCCACCCUAGCGGGUGUGGCUUCCUCAGGAACCCUCUCCGCCGGGGGUACCUCCAAACCACAUCCCGAGAAGCAGAAUUUGGGCAGCCAAGAUCCUCGAGUCCUGGCUGGGGUGGCGGGGGGCGGUGCGUGGAGGCUUAGGAGAAACCCCAAUUCCUGAGCCCCGACCAGAGCCUGGAACUGGGCUGGGCCGGGCUGGUCAGCAUCCGCGCCUUUCACCCCGCGGGCCCCGCCCUCGGUCCCGCCCUCCUCCAACCCGCGCCCCCAUUGGUGGCGUCCGGCGGCGCGGCCGCUGUUAUUUUUCGAAUAUAUAAGGAGGUGGAGGUGGCAGCUGCGGCUUAGAGGCUUCCCGGACUGGUGGCUGGUCCCUGCGUCCCUCCACCCCGCCCCACCCUCCCCGCUUCCCUCUCCUCCCUCGUUCCGACCCCGUGGCUCUUCCUCCCUCCCCCCCCCCCGCCCCGGGCCCGCUCCCCACCUCGUCCCGGCCAGCUGUGCCCGGCGUCGCCCUGCGCCCGGCCCUCCCGCCAGCCUUCGGCGGGCCCCGCCGCGAUGGAGCUGCCCCAGUCGGAGCCCGCGCCGGGCCCGGCUCUCAGUCCCGCCGGCGUGCGCGGUGGCGCCCCGCGUCCCAGCCACCUCCUGGGCCUCCAGCUGGGAGCUCACGGCCUCGUGGGGUCCCCGGAGCGCGCGGCCGCUUCCUCGCCGGUCACCACCCUGACCCAGACCAUGCACGACCUCGCCGGGCUCGGCAGUGAGACUCCAAAGCGUCAGGUAGGCAGCCCGCUCACAUGCCUAUCCCUGUCCCGGCGGCGGGCAUCUGAAUCCUCCCUGUCGUCUGAAUCCUCUGAUGCAGAGUUGCGACAUGGUGGGGGAAUGUGUACAGAAGAUGCCACUACUUUCAAACCAAGGUGCUCUGUCCCCCCAGGUCUGUGUAUGGAUUCUCCCAGCCCCAUGGACCCCCAAAUGGCAGAGCGGACGUUUGAGCAGACCAUCCAAGCGGCCAGCCGGGUCAUCCGAAACGAGCAGUUUACCAUUCGACGUUUCCAGUCCUUGCCGGUGAGGCUUCUGGGCCACAGCCCUGUGCUACGGAACAUCACCAACUCCCAAGCACCUGGCAGCUGGAGGAAGAGUGAGGCGUGUGGCCGAGCUGCCCACAGCUCUGGGGAGGACAAAGAGAAUGAUGGAUUUGUCUUCAAGAUGCCAUGGAAACCCCCGCAUCCCAGCCAUGCCCAUGCUUUGGCAGAGUGGGCCAACCGCAGAGAAGCCUUUGCCCAGAGACCAAACUCAGCUCCCGACCUGAUGUGUCUCACCCCUGAGCGCAAGAUGGGAGUAGAGGAGCUGAGUCCCCCAGCCCGAUGCCGCUUCUCUCUGACUGCCACCCAGGGGGCCUCUGAAGAAGAUGAUGGAUUUGUGGACAUCCUGGAGAGUGACUUAAAGGACGACAACGCGGUACCCCCAGGCAUGGAGAGCCUCAUUAGCGCCCCACUGGUCAAGACCUCAGAAAAGGAGGAAGAGCAGGACCUCAUCAUGUACAGCAAGUGCCAGAGGCUCUUCCGCUCUCCGUCCAUGCCCUGCAGCGUGAUCCGACCCAUCCUCAAGAGGCUGGAGCGGCCCCACGACAGGGACCUGCCCAUACAGAACAAACGGAGGAGGAGUGUGACCCCUCCAGAGGAGCACCGGGAGGCCGAAGAACCUAAAGCCCGUGUCCUCCGCUCCAAGUCCUUGUGUCACGAGGAGAUUGAGACUAUCCUGGACAGUGACCACCGGGAACUGAUUGGGGAUUACUCCAAGGCCUUCCUUCUGCAGACUGUGGAUGGGAAGCACCAAGAUCUCAAGUACAUCUCACCAGAAACGAUGGCAGCCUUACUGGCAGGCAAGUUCAGCAACAUCGUGGAGAGGUUUGUGAUUGUGGACUGCAGGUACCCCUACGAGUAUGAAGGCGGGCACAUCAAGACUGCUGUGAACCUGCCCCUGGAACGGGAUGCUGAGACCUUCCUGCUACACAGCCCCAUCACACCCUGUAAUCUGGACAAGAGAAUCAUCCUCAUUUUCCACUGUGAAUUCUCAUCUGAGCGCGGUCCCCGCAUGUGUCGUUUCAUCAGGGAGCGUGACAGAGCCGCCAACGACUACCCCAGCCUCUACUAUCCUGAGAUGUAUAUCCUCAAGGGCGGCUACAAGGAGUUCUUCCCGCAGCACCCGACUUUCUGUGAGCCCCAGGACUACCGGCCCAUGAACCAUGAAGCCUUCAGGGACGAGCUGAAGACCUUCCGCCUCAAGACCCGCAGCUGGGCUGGGGAGCGGAGCCGGCGGGAGCUCUGUAGCCGCCUGCAGGACCAGUGAAGGGCCAGCACCGGUCCUGCCUACCUUCUUGGCCUCACUGCCUGGGUGCCAGCCACCCGGGUGCCUGCAGGGCUGAGGGUCUGCUGGAGGCCCCAGCUGCCAUCCAGGGGAAGGACAGUGAGGGUGUCCUGUGCAUCUGCCCCCAGCCCCGAUCCCCAUGUCUCACUGCGAUCAUACUCCAUAUUCUCGUGCCACCCCCAACCCCAGCCCAGCCCCUGGGAGAGCCCAGCCUGUUGACUUGGUGAAACUGGAUUAAGUCCAGCUCAAAGGAAGUAUUUUGUGUCCAGCAGGAACCUUUUUGCUUUUUUUCCUUCCUUUUUUUCCUAACCCUUUGUCUUAUGUCCAGAAAAGCCCCCCCUCUUUCCUAGGCACUCUGUAAGCGGCUGGAGGAAAGUCCACAGCACCCCCCACACACCCCAGGAUGGGCCAAAGCAGAACCUCUCCCUGCCCAGGGUGUUGGCACUCUUGGGUGUGUCUGCCAUGUUCCCUUUCUCUUCCUCUCUUUCCUGUCCUUCCACGUGAACACCUCUAGCACAAACAGAAGCUCUUACUCUUUCCUGUUUCAGUGUUACCUACAUGCUUGAUUCAUUCGUCUGAUUUGUUGCCCAUCUCAGGGUAUGCACAGGCUGAGAUUUAGGCUCCUCUCUCCACUUGGGGUUAGAGACUCCAAACAUUAAUUAGCCACUCAACCCUGGCUUCUGGUGCAUCAGAAAGGGAUGACCUCCUUGGGGGCCUGUUGGGCGAGGGCUAAGGUCUGCAUCCUCAGCGCCUGGCAGCCCAGCCCCCACUGCUGUGAACUCCGGGGUCCGACUGGUCAGAACUUGCUGCUCUCUUGUUGUGGAUGGACAGAUGGACGGACGGAUGGAUGGUGGAUGGAUGGAGAGCCACGGAUGCCCAAUGUCCUGCACACACAAACUGCUGAGUGGAAGCAUUUCAGUGAGCAUGACCAUCUGCAGCAAGGAUAUAUGUGUGUCUGUGUCUGUGUGGACAAAAUCUUUACACAUUAAGGUUUGGAAAUAUUCAAGACGAAAUGUCAUGGAAGCAGUGAAGCCAAGGACAGAGCCACGUCUGGAUUCUGAAUCUCAGGACGUGUGGAGGGCUGUGCUUGAAGGCCCUGUUGACUCACCUGUUCAGGCCUUGGUUCAAUAAAGCACUGAGCAAGCUGAGUAACCAG